UUCCUCAGGUACUGCAAUGCUGCAGUGAGUUUGUUGAGAAAAAUGGAAUUGUGGACGGCAUCUACAGGUUAUCUGGAGUGUCGUCCAACAUACAGAAACUGAGGGGUGAGUUCGAGGGUGAUGGGAAUCCAGAUCUAAACAAGGAUGUGUACCUGCAGGACAUCCACUGUGUCAGCUCUCUGUGUAAAGCUUAUUUCAGGGAGCUGCCAAACCCUCUGCUCACAUACCAGCUAUAUGACAAGUUUGCCGAGGCUGUGGCCAUUCAGCUGGAGGAGGAGAGGCUGGUUAAGAUCAGAGAUGUGCUGAAAGAACUACCUGCACCGCAUUACAGGACUCUGGAGUUUCUGAUGCGCCAUCUCGUCAGAAUGGCCUCGUAUUCUUCAGAGACCAAUAUGCACUCCAGGAACUUGGCCAUCGUCUGGGCCCCAAAUCUACUCAGGUCGAAGGACAUCGAGGCAUCUGGGUUUAAUGGCACGGCAGCCUUCAUGGAGGUCAGGGUUCAGUCCAUCGUGGUGGAGUUCAUCCUCACACACGUCCCUCAGCUGUUCCCUGAAAAAGGAGUGUCAAGUGAGAGAAGGAAGUCCCUCCCAUCCCCGUCAGCGAUGCCCAAUCAGGAUGAAGGGUUUUUCAGGUCUGGUCCUACUCAGCCUCUCCCCCACUUUGGUAAUAUCAGUCCAGGAGAUGGCCCUCUACCCAUAAGACCCUACCACUCUAUCAUUGAAGGCACUGACAAGAGAAAAGGAUCUCUGAAAGGCAGGAAGUGGAUGUCCAUCUUCAACAUCGGAGGACGAUUCCAUGACCCACGACGGAGGCACAAACACUCAGCCAAAGAGAAAGAAAGACCUGUUUUGAGACCAGCAAGAAGCAUGGACUCCCUCAGCACCCCGCCCUAUCCAAAUGAAGGAUCCAGACGUCCUGCCCAGCGCCCUCCUUCCACCAACAUGUCUCCUCUCGUCACCCACUCCCCCCAAUCUGGCCCAGAGGUCACAGCAUCCACUGGUGCAAUGGGUGGCAGUGAAUAUGCUGUAACCUACCGCAGGGGAACAGGGUUAGUGAGUGGGGGUGCGGGGACCCAGGGCACCUACACUUCCCUCGACCCUGAAGGUUUAGGCGUCAACGAGAGUCUACAGUCCAGAUCCCCAGGACUCUCCACUAAAGUAGGCCGAAGAGCAGCCAUGCACAUCACGGGGCCCACCAUGGUCACUGUACCCCUGCAUAUCACCUCUAACCUGGCAUUAGGGGUACUGCAAGGGGGCGGGGGCGACAGGGUCAUCCACCGCGGCAGGGAUAAGGAUGGAGGGGACAGGGUGGAAGGUAAGGAGGCAGAGAGGAGGGAAAGCAAAAGAAUGGAGGGGAAGGUGGGAGAAGGCAGAAAGGUUGAGGAAGAGGAGAAAAAUCACAGUCGGAAAGUGACAGAAGGGGAAGCAGUCGUGGGUGCAGAAGGUAACACAGGUGCAGGAGGUGGUGGGCAGGAAGAGAAAGAGAAGGAGGAAGAGGAGGAGGUCAGAGAAGAAUGUAUACGGAGCCCAGAGCCGGUGAUGGGUGUGUCCAGGAAGCAACGAGCCAAAAGCUUGAACUCCCACACUGAGAAAGAUAAUACUGCUGAUGAUGACAAGGAUGUUGACGACUACAUGGACAUGAAAGGAGUGGAGCUGGCUGAUGGUCAGCCAGAAGUGGCUUUGCAUGCUCAUGAGUGCGUGUUUGAUGCUUCUGAUGCCCACAACUCGACUGAAGUGGAGGCGGACGACCAGGAGCUGUCUGGCUAUGUUCAAGACAACUUUGAAUUCCUGGACCAAAUGGACUGCAGCGUUCUGGAACACAUGGACUGCAGUGUUUCAUAUCAGGUGAACGAGUUCUCCGUUGAACCUCCUGGUCACUCAGAUGAUGAGUACGAGGUCAUGGCGCAAGCUUCCCAUCAUUCUGCAGAGCUGCAGACAGACCUGCAACCAGGCCCUGGGAUACAAACCCAGAGCCCGACAGAGUUAAAGCCACACAGACCGCUCAGCAUGGACUCACACAACCGGCACACUAAAUCCCUCAGCUUGCCUUACAUGACCUCACCUGUCCACGGAUCAGAGGACUCUUGCUCUGAAGAGGAGGCUGCAGCGGACGACAGUGAUGAUAUUGAUUACAGUAGUGAUGAAGACGACAUGUUUUAUAAAAGCCUCCCCUCUGAUUUCAUUUUGAAAGAUUUGCCUUGUGAGCCAGACUCUGAGAAACGGGACAGUUGUGCUCUUGAUGUUGUUCCUCAACCACAAUUGCAGAGCUCUGAGGACAGAGAAUGCCCGUCACUGAACCCUGAAUUUUCUGCAUGUGAAGAAUCGACUGCUGGAGAUUGUGGGCAGGUAGAAGUGAAAGACAAUGAAGAUACAGAUGGACUGGAAGAAAAUGAGAUAACAAAGACAGAAGAGGAAGAUCAACAGGGAAGAGACCAGCUGGAAAACAAUAGGCAAAGGUGA